UCCAGCUCUCUCACCAGCCAUGAGAUCAAGAGCCACGAUUUAUUGCUUCUUGGCUCUCCACUUAUUCAUAUCCUUCAAUAUUGCCCGUGUCAGUCCUCUGUCCUUCAAGCUGAACUUCACCGAAUCGAGCCACAAUGGAUUGGACACAAUCCAGUUCCAGGAGGAUGCUUUCUACAACAAGGCGGUCAGGCUCACCAAGGAAGAGUUGAAUGGCCAGAUCUCUCACAGUGUCGGCCGAGCAGUCUACACGGAUCCAAUGACUCUCUGGGAUAGUACCACUGGUGAGUUAGCUGACUUCACAACCCGCUUCACAUUCAAGAUAAUCGCUCGCAUUAGCGAUGGCUCAUAUGGUGAGGGCCUCGCCUUCUUCCUCUCAUCGUACCCUUCUGUUAUCCCCAAUAAUUCCAAUGACGGUUAUCUUGGCCUCUUUAGUAACAGUACUGAUCAGAGUGAGCCAUCCAACCAGAUCGUGGCUGUCGAGUUUGACAGCCACAAGAACUCAUGGGAUCCAGAUGACAACCAUGUGGGCAUCAACAUCCAUUCGAUCAUAUCCGCGACCAAUGUAACAUGGAACAGUAGCAUCAAUGAUGGUCGGAUAGCCAAUGCAUGGGUAACUUACCAGGCCAGCUCCAGGAACUUGAGUGUCUUCUUGACAUACAAGGACAACCCAACAUUCAGUGGCGACUCCGCCCUAUCUUAUUCAGUUGAUCUCAGAAAAUAUCUCCCAGACAAAGUGGCCAUCGGCUUCUCGGCUGCCACCGGUAAAUUGGUAGAAGCUCAUCAGAUACUUUACUGGGAAUUCAGUUCUACUGAUGUGCAGCUGAAGAGUAAGAAGAUGAAAAGUGUGUUGGUCAUAAGUUUGUCUACUGGCGUAAGUGUCAUGGUCUGUUGCAUGGGUUUGGUUUGGUGCUUCCUGAGUUUCAGAAAGACUAGGAGGUCAAGAAAGGAGGAAGAAGAGAAGCUAGAGUAUGAUGAGUCCAUUGAUGAUGAGUUUGAGAAAGGGAGGGGUCCAAGAAGAUUUCGAUACAAUGAACUCGUGGCCGCCACGAAGAAUUUUGCUUUCGAGAGAAAGCUUGGAGAAGGAGGAUUUGGAGCAGUCUACCAGGGUUUCUUGAAGGAUCAAAACCUCAACAUUGCCAUAAAGCGAGUUGCAAAAGGAUCAACACAGGGGAGGAAGGAGUACGUCUCUGAGGUCAAGAUCAUCAGCCGGCUAAGGCAUAGGAACCUUGUGCAGCUUGUGGGCUGGUGUCAUGAGCAUGGAGAGUUCCUGCUUGUGUACGAGUUCAUGCCGAACAGGAGCCUAGACACACACCUCUAUGACAAUAGUAACCUCCUAACAUGGCCAUUGCGGUUCAAGAUCACCAUCGGCAUUGCAUCUGCCCUCCUGUACCUCCACGAGGAGUGGGAGCAAUGCGUUGUGCACCGCGAUGUCAAGCCAAGCAAUGUGAUGCUUGAUUCUGCAUUCAAUGCUAAGCUUGGGGACUUUGGGCUGGCACGUCUUGUCGACCAUGACCGAGGCUCACAAACUACAGUCCUAGCUGGCACAAUGGGUUACUUGGCUCCGGAGUGCGUCACCACUGGCAAAGCAAGCAAAGAAUCUGAUGUAUACAGUUUUGGCAUUCUUGCAUUGGAGAUUGCCUGUGGAAGGAGGCCUGUUGUGCUAAAGGAAGAUGAUGACAAGAUCAAAUUGGUUCAAUGGGUCUGGGAUCUAUAUGGAAGAAAUGAGAUUCUUAAUGCAGUUGAUGGGAGGCUUGAUGGUGCAUUUGACGAGCGUGAAGCUGUGUGCUUGAUGGUUGUGGGGCUUUGGUGUGCACACCCGGAUUACAAUUUCCGACCUUCGAUCCGCCAGGUCAUAAGUGUACUGAAGUUUGAGAUGCCUUUGCCAAGCCUUCCGCCGAAGAUGCCUGUGGCGAUGUACUUUGCACCACCAAUCCAUCUUUGCAGGUUUUCAUACACCUCAUCUGAUGGGACACUGAAGGAGCAAGAGAGGUCCAACGGUUAUGGAAAGACAAGCUCGUCCAGUGCAACCAAUGCUUCUAGUUUACCUCCCUCUAUUCAUUUACCACAGAUGGGUUACUAG